AUGCGGUCGCAGCGGGUGCAGCUGCACAAAGCACCAGAUAAGCGGCAGCGCCGUCCGCACGUCAUGACCGAAAAAUCUGGCUUCAACUCUGUCCGCGCCUACAAGUUGGACAUGGAAGAGGUAUCCAAAAUACCAGCCUCUCUGAAUCUGAGCGAGCUUCAGGAGUGGGAGGCGACACAGGCACAGGAGAGGCGUGUGCAGCGGUGCACCGUGCAUGCCGCCGCGUCCCCGACAGCGAGCCCUCCGCGGAUGUCUGCGUCUGGCUCGUCUCCGUCAUUGGCUGGUGCUACAGCUGACUCGCUUCACGCCGCCGGUCCCGUACGAGAGGACACGCGCACCUACACGGAGCUGCUUGACUGGUACUCGAUGCACGAGUUCAUCAUACGCAAGGGAAAGACGCUACGCAACACGCCUGAGUUUGCCUCCUUCAAGCGGCACUACGCGUCAAGCUGGAGCGAGGUAGAGCGCCUUAUCGAGGUACUGGAGGAGAUGCUGCUGAGCUACAGUGUUGAGCUGGUCUACGUGGAUGGUAAGCGGCUCGCCCAGCUGGCCUCUUAUCAGGCGCCCGACUUAAUCUCUACGACGGAGAUGCUAGAGUGCAUCACGAACGCCGAGGAGGUGCUCCCCUUGCUCAUGGAUGCGUCACGCCCGUACCGCUACGGCCACCAGCGUCAGCAAGUGGCGUCUGCCAAGAUCCAGUCGACGUGGCGCAUGUAUCGGCAGCGCAUCGCCUACAUCCACCUGCUGAUCGGCACCCGCGCUGCUAUUUCCAUUCAGCGACAGUGGGCAAUGUACCGCGCACUCUGCCUGACGCGUCGCACCAUUCGUUCCUUCCGCGAGACUCGCAUGAAGCAGUGGCAAGAGACGAUGAGGGAAUUCAGGGCUGCAUGGCCGCGCAUUGAAGAGAGCCGUCGCACGGUAGUUCACCUUCCUUCUCUUUCUUACCCCACUUACCAAGCGAAGAGGAUGCCCUUCUACGAAGCGAGGCAGCUGGGGCAGCUAACACGACUGAGCAUGCUAGUGGACCCGCGCGUGCAGCUUGUCGUUGUGGUGCCGGUGAGGCCGGAGGCGGAGGUGCAACAGUAUUACACAAGUCUGCUUGCUGAGAGCGGCGUGCCAACUGUCGCCGGUCGCUUGACGUUUGUGGUACCCGAGAACACACAGCGGCUUCCUGCUGGGAUGAGUCUCACACGUAUAGUGCUGCUCUCCCCGCGUCUCCUAAAGCUGCUCUCUGCCCUGUGUACUGGCAAGCCAGCCUACAUCGUACCCGGCGUCGUUGGGGCAGAAGAGCUGACAUUGGCAACGCAGCUGAACAUACCGCUGCUGUCGUCAGAGCCACGUCUGGUGCAGGGCUACGGCUCCAAGAGCGGUUGCAAGCGCUUACUGGAGGCUGCGGACGUUCUGACACCUCCCGGCGCGACGCAGCUGCACUCUAGAACGAACCUCUUGCAUGCCUUGACGGGCCUCAUCCUCAGUCGCCGCGCAGUCCAGCGUUGGCUGAUCAAGUUGGAGAACGAGUUUGGCAGUCAAGGCCACGCAUACCUCGACGUGAGCCGCCUACGUUCUCUGCAGGGUGUGGACUCUGGGGCUAGCUCCAUCGACGCCGCGUCCCAUGCCGCGCUGAGCGCGGCGGUGUUUCAUGAGUUGGAGGUACAUGGUGCGAAGCGCAUGCGGCUCUUGCAUCCAAGCAGCUACCCCAACUGGGAGGCGUACCUCACCAUGUUUGACACCGUGGGUGGAUGUGUCGAGGCCGUUCUGCCCGGGCUUUGCGCCUCUGUCACGGCAAACUUGUUUGUCGCCCCUUCUGGUGUGGUGCGGAUUGAGUCCGUAGUAGAGCCGCUUCUGGCCCCGGCCUUCACCGCGAUGGGGUCACUCUUCCCAUACCGCACCAGUGUGCCGUACGCGGCGGUACGCGGCGCUUCUCUCAGCCUUGGCCAGGCGGCGUAUCGCAAGCGUAUUAUAGGCUACCUGUCGGUCGACUUCGUGGUCACCAACGAAGUCGACGCCGAGAACACUGCUUCUUCCUCUUCUCAGCCGCGGCUCUGGGGUGUAGACGUGGACUUCGGGCUUACUACGCAGGCCUCUGUGCAUGCGCUCGCCAGUGUCUUCAGCGGCAGUGUGUGGGACGAGAAGGAAGGCUCCUGUGUGAACCAGAGCACCGGCAAGCCGCUCGUGUAUGUGUACAGCGGCGUUCUGUACAACCCGUACAUUUCCUCUAUUCGCCACUCCUCCUUCUUUUCCCUCUGCCGCAAUCGAGGGCUCGCAUACGACUGCAGUCGCCAAUCGGGGAUCGUCUUCCACUUCCUCAACGUCCUGCUGUGCAAUUGCCUCGGUGUACUGUCGGUCGGCUCUGGGGAGGAGCGUGUGGUACAGCAGAUAACAGAAUUCCAGGCGCUCCUGAACAUGGAGCUUCCCGCUCAAGGUCAGCAUUCGGCUGACAGCAACUGCGUGUACUUUGCUUCCCUCGUCCGACAGCUCUCGCAGUUCUUGGCGUGA